UCAAUUCCUGCCCAGGUGUCAUGAUCCAUAUACUCCUUGUCUACCUUCGACCCUCGCUACUCUCGCUCUCAAUCUUGGAGGCAAACGACACCUCGUUAUUGGAGACAGUUUCUCGUCGACAUUCAUUUCAUAUUGCAUUAUUAUAUCGGUCCAUUAUUAUAUCAGCAUCGCCAUGGCUACGCGGGAAUCAGAGCUAUUCGAAGACGACUUGGAGAGCAUCAGCCCGCGGUGGGAACCAGUGCCUCAGGAAUCAGAGAUGCAGGCCGAAGUACUUCACGUGGAGAACGUGGACGGCGCGAAUGAUCCAUCGCCGCAAGAGCCGAACCACCCUACUGCCCACGGCGCAUCCAGCUCCACGGAGCCUUCCAUGUCUCUUCCGCCAAUUGCAACCUCCGUUACAGGGUACACGAAGAAGAUCCUCGAUUCCGUCUUCCAGUCCGUGGAACGACGUAUGAGUCCAUUGGACAAGAGUUUCAUAUUCGACACACAUAAAUUGGAUCAAGGAGUCGCGGGACUUUCGCUGCUAUCACACCAUAUGGAAGAAACGAGAAUUCCCCGCCGCGGUCCGCUAGCUUCACACCCUAUACAUCCAGCGGCCAGGAUCAUCUACGAAGACUACCUUCUCCCGCGGAUUCAUGUGUACAACAAUGGGAAAACUUACCCCAUACCACGGUCAAGAUUUCAAGGGAUGUCGUAUUCAGAUAAUCCAGAUGUCCCAGCGCCCAAUCGCCCUUCAUCUGCCAUUAUUCUUGACAGGCCAUUUGACACUCCGUCUGGUCCAGCGGUUCCACCUUCGGAAGCGCUGUCAAACCGUCCUGGAACACCGCAUACAUCUUCCUCGGAUACAACUGUUCGAGCGCCGUCUGAACUGCCGUUGGAUAACGGACCUGCAACAACUCGUGCUUCUCGGCCUGUUGCACCGCCUGUUGCGUCAAACGAAUCACCAGCACCUCGUGCUUUUCAGCCAAUUCCGUCAGUUGCCGAGUACGGUCUACCGUCUGCCUUGUCCUCUGGUCCACCGUGCGUUCCUGUGUCUGGUUUCACCGCCUGGCCCACCGUCUAGUCCACCCUCUUCUCCACCCUCCACCCCUCCCCCUGAUCCACCGUCUGGAUCGUCGAGUUUUGGUAAUCCUCGAUACCGUGACGCUGAAACGCAGACAGACGCCAAUAACCCUGUCCUCUAGAACAGCAUAUUCGGUUCCA